ACUGUUUGCCACUAGCUGUGAUCCUCGUGAAGAGUAUCAUGUAUUGUCUGUGAUAUUCAUGUUAUGAUAAUUUCAUUUUAAUAGUGAAUAAUUCGUUACUACACGUAUCAUACUAUCAAGAUGAUGUAUUAAGCGGAGACUAAAAAUAGUAAUGUUUUAUCAUAAAAUGUAAUGUAUAAGCUAUCAUGAAGAAAAGAAAUAGAAAGAAAGUAAUGAUCAUGGAGAAAAGUUUACAUAGAACAAAGAGAGUGAGCGAGAAAACGAAUCGAGCAAUUCUGAAAGUUUGCACACCUUUGGUUAAGUAACGUUGCUAGAUUGCAUUCCUUUACACAUACCGAUCAUAUAACACAAAUGGGACCCUUAGCCCUUCCAAAAAACCACCGACAAAAGGUCAGGUAUAAAAGCGAUUGUUCAAUGGUACCCUAACGCAUUAGCAGUUUAACUUCCGACGAAGACACAUCCCACAAGUAAGCAGCGGUCAGAAGAGAUUCAACACAAACAUCAUGAAACUGGUUCUAUUCCUCGCCACGGUGGCGAUUCUGAACGUGUCACUUUCCCAGGCAAAGCUGGUCAAAGUGGAAGUACCAGUUGCGGUACCAAUCCCAGUUCCGGAGAUUCAACACAUCGAAAAGCGCGUGUCAACCAUCAAAGAGGUGAAAGUGCCGUACAUACAGGAGGUACCGGAAGAGCAUGUCGUUACCCACGUGAAGGAAGUGCCCGUCGUCAAAGAGGUACCGGUGGUGAACGAAAUUACCGUGUAUCGUGAUGUGGAGGUCGUUAAGGAAGUACCGGUCGAGAAGAUUGUGCAUCGACGCGUCGAAGUGCCCGUUGAGGUAGUGCGUGAGGUGGAACUUAUACGCGAGGUGCCGGUGAUCAAGGAAAUUCCGCAUGUGAAGGUAGUAAAGGUGAUCAAGGAAGUCCCGGUUGAGGAGGUUGUCGUGAAGGAUCUUCCUGUGGCGGAACCUUACCCUGUCAAGGUGCCGAUCCAUGUUCCCGUAGCGGUUCAAGCGCACGAACUGCACCUGACCAAAUUCAACAAGUUCUCCCAUUUGCAUGGUCUUAAAAAUCUAUUGGGUUAAGCCCAAAGACUGUCCCCCCUGAGAGGUUCGUCUCUUACUUCCCAAAAAUCCUUCCUUCCCUUCAUGUACUAUUCAUGUCAAUAAAAAGAAAACCUAACUUAUUCAAACUAUAAAAAACACAC